CCGGCCCUCCGGCCCUCCGCUCCGGUUCCUCGCCCGCCCGGCGCCCGGCAGUGGCAGUUCGGCUGCCAGUGGGUCUUUUCUUUGUCUCCGGGUUGCUUUUCGUACUUAAAAUCAACACAUGCAUAGAUGAGUCCAUGUACCCUGGAAAAGGUCCCCGGGACUGUUCUCUCCCCUCCAUCUCCAGAGCGACCUGCAGCAGAGAGCUGGAGAAGGUUCAAGAGGGAGGAGACCCUGGCAUGACCACGAUGGAGAAGAGAUACAGUGAUUUUCUGGAAUCUAAGGGGUGCUUUGCUGGCACAACAUCCUCUGGAAGAAAGGUCAGCCCCUCAUCUUCUGCUGAAACAUGUCCUAGUGUGAGUGAGCCUCCAGUCCCCGGCAAAGUGUCCGUUCACCUAGACUCUGCUACAGAUUUGGAUCUGAAAUCCUCCUCCGCACAUUCUGAUCAGUCCUCUGAAACCUCAUUCCCUGAAGUCCCCAAGGAUAAAUAUCCCAAGGAAUUCAGCCUGCUUAAGUUGCAGACAAAGGAUGGGCACCGUCCUGAAUGGACAUUUUACCCGAGGUUUAGCAGCAAUAUCCACACCUACCACGUUGGAAAGCAGUGCUUCUUUAACGGGGUCUUCCUCGGCAACAGGAGGUCUCUAUCAGAGAGAAUGGUGGACAAGUGCUUUGGGAGGAAGAAGUAUGAUAUUGAUCCUAGGAAUGGAAUACCAAAGUUAACUCCAGGAGAUAACCCAUAUAUGUACCCAGAACAGAGUAAAGGCUUCCACAAAGCAGGCUCAACUCUCCCACCAGUGAAUUUCUCAAUAGUGCCUUAUGAAAAGAAAUUUGAUACAUUUAUUCCACUUGAGCCUCUUCCACAAAUUCCUAUCUUGCCUUUCUGGGUGAAGGAGAAGGCCAACAGGCUGAAGACUGAGAUAAGAGAGGUGGAGGAGCUUGACAAUUGGCACCCAGCAGUCCCCUUGGUGCACAGUUUAUUCCCUGCUGGUUCUUUGGAUUCGCCAAGACAAUCCUAAGCAGAAACAGGCCCACAGAGCAUGCACUGACUGUACUCUGGAGAGCCUCUUCCAAUUGGUCGCCUCUGUCAGUGUGAUUGCUCUAAGUCAAAUGUUUGACUUUGAUAAGUAAUCACUGUGCUUUGCCUUUUUUUUUAAUUCUAUGUUCUGAAAACCUUCAAACUUACAGAAAAGUUGUGAGGAUCAUACAAUGAACAAAUACCUACAUGUCCUUCACUUAGAAUUCACCGUGGUUAGCCUUUGUCAGAAUUUGUGCGUUCUUUCUCUUUCAUUCCUGUUAUUAUUUCGAAGAAUUGUUUGAGAAGGCGUGGCAGACAUCAUCACCCUAUGCUCCUACAUACUAUAUACUUCGAUAUGCAUCUCCUAAGGUCAAGGAUAUGCGCCAACAGUUGCAAUACAAAAUAACAAGUUCGGGGAACCUAACAUUGAUAACAAUUCUCUGACAGUCCACCUUCAGUUUUAGUCAGUUAAAUUUCGUUUUCCAAGAAUGCCCUCAUAUCAAUGGUAAAAUGCAGCCGUCAGCUUUAGUUUGGUAAAACUAUUCUCAUUAAUACCAUUCGAGAUUUUCUCUACUAUUCACGUGGUACAUGUCAGAAGAAUGUGAGGCUGGAUCGCCACGGGGGAUUCAUACCAUUGCCCCUGUAACUCCCUCCCUCCCUCCCGUAUUUGUUUGACCACACAGCCAAGCAGGACGGGAGCUCAGUGAGUGCCAGUCGUGAGCCUUAGGGCCUUUCAUCGAUCAGGCGAGAAGCAAAUAUUUGGAAGAAAAGAUAGGAAGAAAAGCCAACCCUAUACAUUCAGGCUGUGACCCUCGGCGGUCAAGCCAGUGACUCAGCAUCUUCAUAGCCGAUCUCCUUUACUAAGGAGACCCCACUGGCUGGCUAAUCAGGGCUGUGGGUCUGGUCUCGCGAAACGUUAAAGCGCAAAGAGAGAACUGGGGGCCAUGCUGAGACUCCAAAUUGUUCGAGACACGAGACACGACUUCUUUCUCUGUGAAAACAUUGUCUCCAGAGGUAGCCAAUAAAUGAAGUAAAUGAGGUGGGUUUAGAACGGAGUACGUUCUUGCUGUCUUUAUACACACCUUUGAAUCAACUAGAAGACAACAUGGUGGGCACAGCCAGCAACUGUGUCUGGCCACUCUUUGGGUUAGCAUCAGCAUACCUCUGCGCUGGUUCCCUUGCCCCUGGGACACAAAGCUCACCGCUGUCCCUGACAAAAACCCACAAUAAACAAACAAACAAACAAACAAACAAAACCAAAUAAUUUAGAAAAGGAAGAAAAAGAGGCUGCCAACAAAUUUUCUCAAAGACACCUACUCCUGUAAAAGAGAACUUUUGUGCUUCUGUUGUUUAAAAUGUAAAAAAUUCAGUGGCAACCACCUGUGUUGGAUGGAUAACGGAGAACACGAUAUAGAUGCAAAAAAGGAUUCUGCAGGAAUUUCCAGGUGGGAUUAUCCAGGUGGACCAGGAAACUGCUCUCAGAGGGGACCCUGGUGUUUUGGAGGGAAGGAGUCCUAUAUAAUAAAGAUAUUGAGAAAAACA